UUCCACAGUCCAGUCCCAUCUAACAUUACAUUACAACACAGGGAGGACUGCGUUUGCGCAUGCCAGGAACAUGCAUAUGCAGAUGUGAAUCUGCGCUUAUCAACUUUGCAAAAGACUGAAACAUAAAUCGUUUUUGCUCACGGGAACACCAAAAAGUAUCCAAAUAAUGGCAAUCCUGAAGCAUUUGACGACAGCAUGCUGGAAGAACUUUCAAGACGUCCGGCUAAAUAAGCAGCUCUUCAUUUUGCGCGCAAUACACAAGCCAGCAACCAGCGAUGCUUUUGGGAUCUCCGCGGCUGAAAAAGAAGCCAUACCUGAGAAAUUGAUCACACCAGCGGAUGGCGGGAAAACCAGAAUCAAGACCCUGAAGGAGAUGCCUGGACCCAGCACCCUAGCCAACUUGAUCGAGUUUUUCUGGAGAGACGGGUUUAGCAGAAUUCACGAAAUUCAGCUGGAGCACAGGAAGAAGUAUGGCAAAAUUUUCAAAUCCCGUUUUGGACCCCAGCUGGUGGUCUCUGUGGCAGACCGUGACCUGGUGGCUGAGGUGCUGAGGGCUGAGGGCAUGACCCCUCAGAGAGCUAACAUGGAUUCUUGGAAGGAGUACAGAGACAUGAGAGGCCAUUCCACUGGCCUCAUCUCAGCGGAGGGAGAACAUUGGCUAAAGAUGCGGAGUGUGCUCAGACAGCUCAUCAUGCGUCCCCAUGACGUAGCAGUCUUCUCUGAUGACCUGAACGAAGUGGUAGAUGACCUGAUCAAGAGAGUUUGUAUUACGCGCACCCAGGAGUCUGCAACUGUCCUCAAUGUGAAUGACCUCUUCUUCAAAUAUGCCAUGGAAGGUGUGGCAGCCAUUUUGUACGAGUGCCGACUAGGCUGUUUGGAAGAUGAGAUUCCCCAGGAAACCCAAGACUACAUCAGUGCACUUCACCUCAUGUUCCGCUCCUUCAAGACAUCCAUGUAUGCUGGAGCGAUACCCAAGUGGCUCAGACUUCUCAUCCCCAAACCAUGGGAGGAGUUCUGUCUCUCCUGGGAUGGCCUCUUCAAAUUCAGCCAUAUUCACGUUGAUAAGAGGCUCACAGAGAUAAAGGCCCAGCUGGAGCGGGGAGAGGAGGUGAAGGGGGGACUGCUCACACACAUGCUCAUUACCAAGGAGAUGAGCAUAGAGGAGAUAUACGCCAACGUAACGGAGAUGCUACUGGCUGGGGUUGACACGACAUCCUUCACCCUUUCCUGGGCCAGCUACCUGUUAGCGCGGCACCCUCAUAUACAGCAGCAAAUCUUUACGGAAGUGACAAGGACUCUGGGACCUGGAGCAAUUGCCACAGCUGACGAUGUCCCUCGUCUGCCUCUCAUCAGAGGGCUGGUCAAAGAGACUCUCAGGCUUUAUCCAGUUCUCCCAGGCAAUGGACGGAUUACCCAGGAUGACUUGGUGGUGGGCGGAUACUUCAUCCCCAGAGGGACUCAGUUGGCCCUGUGCCAUUACUCCACAUCUUUGGAUGAAGAGAACUUUGCUGAUGCUUCAGACUUCCGACCAGAUCGCUGGAUUCGGAAAGAGUCCACAGAUCGUGUUGACAACUUUGGCUCGAUUCCCUUUGGCUACGGACUCAGGAGCUGCAUCGGCAGGAGAAUAGCAGAGUUAGAGAUGCAUCUAGCUCUCACAAGGCUCAUUCAAAGGUUCCACAUUGGCACGUCACCACUCACUGCUGAUGUCCAGGCCAAAACCCAUGGCCUGCUCUGCCCUGCUGCCCCUAUCCAUCUGCAGUUCCUCGACAGGAAAAUUGCAUAAUGUUUUGUUUUUAGGCUGAAAAAAAACUUCACAUACCUGUAAACAUUAUUUUGCAUUUGAGUUUUGAGAUCUUUAUUUGGAAACUUUUGCACUCGUAUUGCAGACUGUUCAUUCAGAGCUGAUUUUACAACACCUAUGAUACAGCCUAUUCCGGCGCUGCUCCCCACCAGCAUUCCCUGCUGGGUCCCCCCUGCCCUGGGCCUGAAAACCUCCUACCGCCAUCUAAAGCUCCUGUGCUAGAGGCGUAAACAGUAACACCAACAUUCCCCCGGUGCUCUGAAGUCUCAGUCCGGGCAGAGUCAGCUAAUAGGACUGCUAGCUGCACGCUAACUAGCUAACAGCAGCUACAGUUAGCUGUUAUUUUAACAACAAGUGCAGAUCUGUCCAUCAGGAAACUCCGUAAAUCAGAGAGUUUAGGCGAAGCAGCCAGAGGACAUCAGAUGGAAAACCAGAAAAUAUUUUCUCCAUAAAACAUAAUCUAGUUUCACCAAAAUCAGUGUAUAAAGUUGUGUUUUUGUACAGUAGUCAGUGAGGCCUGGCUCCCAGAAACACUCUGCUCAGGCGCUGUCUAUCAUUUUCCCAACAUAAUUCUUGUCUCUUUAGUGGUCUGAGAAACAGUAAAUUCAGUGAAUUCUAAUCCCCAUAUUGCUAUUUUCCAACCUACUGUCUGCACACCAUUUGACAGUUGUCGUAGCCGGCAUAUACGCCUGAUCCACUACAAAAUUUCAGCGACGAGAGCGACGUUUACGUCACCACGACCACAUGGCCCAUACAAACAAACAAGUUGAGGAAGACUGUUAAGACCGAUAACUGAUUGUCGUUCAGGAUUACAUAAAAUCAUAUUGUGAACAUUACUGUCCAUGCUGGCAAUUAUUUGUCAACUAGGAAAGCUACCAUGGUUUUUGCCUUGUAGGCCGACAUUUGUUUUAUCAGCUGACAAUUACGUGGUUGCUGCCGCUGACUGACAGAUUACAGUCCAUUUAAAUUGUUUUACCGGCCCUCACCAUUACGUGUGUUAAGCAGGCCACCGGCACACUAAAAUGGAGGAGACAGGUCUGACUGCAGCCACAGCGGACACACUUCACACUACAUAAUGGUCACACAUACCUGUCUCCAUAGAGGUCCCUGCAAAGACGUCAUCUAAACUUUCCCUGUCUGACUCAGGUUAAUCUGUUUGUUAAAAAUGCAUAAAACAGACAUCAUUUGGACUGUCUGACAUGAGCAUCAAAUAUUGUUGUAUUCAUUAAAUUCAUGAUGAAUGGUCCAACCUUGAAAUAGGCAAAUACAUACAGUAUGUGGUGUAUUAUGCAACAGACUGGCCAUUCAUUCGAUUUCUUGUACUGCAACAAUAAAUAACUUGAAUAAAGUAGUCCAACCUGAUCACAUGAAUGAUGCAUUAUGCUCUAAUUUGCGUCACAGAAUAACAUUCAAAACUAGAUAUGAUCAAUCUUUCUUUAUUAAAAGGCUAUGUACCACAGUCCUUUUACAGUUUCUCGAUUGCUAAGACACAUUUCUUGAAAGCUGCUCUCCUUUUCUCUAAACUGUGAACACAAAACACAAUUUUCAAGCUACAUUCACAAAACCUCAGACUCUUCUUGCAAAACCAAACUUUCACCUCAAAACAGUUCAAUCUGUGCUCAAAACUGAACUAUGUUGUCAAAUCGUGCCCCAAGUCAAUCAAAAUUAAAAACACUACUGAACAGUCACUAAACACUACGUAGAAAAAUAGAAAACACAAUGCUCAGGACAUGAAGCUGGAGAAAUACAUGUUUAUUGUUCACUGUAGGCUAAAUGCAUGUUGCAAAACAAAAAAACCUGUGCAUUUAGCACUUGUACAAAAAGACAAAACAGAAAUUUUAUGUGUUUGCCACUCAUGUACAGUAAGCCCAUGUGGCAGUCUUUCAAUUCUACAAAAAGAGAACAUGGAGUUACAAAAAAUAUACAUGGAAUACUAGGCCUACAAACAGUUAGACCAACCCUCAAUUACAAUACUACAGUAUAUUGGUACAGUGAUGUACUGAAACAUAUUUACUUACAGUAUACUGUGGUACAGUAUAUAGUAUGUCAUACAGUAAUUGCUGUCAACAUUUACAUACUGUACUAUAAUGUCAAAAAAAGGUAAUUACCUGUUCUCUUCUCUAAAUCUUCGGAUUGUGGUGGACACAGUGAAUCUACUGAAGUUUGGUUGUACCCUUUGUCCAGCCUCCCUCAUGCUCAUACCAUGGACAAGAACAUGGUCAAUCACAGUAGCUCUGUUUUCAUCAGAUAUUACUGUUCUUGGUCUUUGCUGACCACCUCGACCUCCUCUCACACAAACUCUUCCUCUCAGAUUUCUAUCCAUUGUAGGGCCUCACAAACCAGUGCUCUCUGAACUGGCUUACUUUAUAUGUUCCCUCACAUCAUUAGCCACAAGUGUGAUCAAUUUUGAGUUGUUGUGUUCAAGUGGUGACAUCUGUGCUUUAAUUGUGUUUGACUUUUGUCACCUGUGCUCACCAUUAUGCAGCAUGGGUACAUCACAAUGAAAAUGUGUUGGCAAGUUGUGUCUAAACAGGUGAAAAGUGCUUAUAGUUUUGCCAAAAGAGUGAUUGAUUCAAUCAGUGGGUUCAGGCAACUGAGCAUUUGGUUCAGACAAUAGGGUUUAGUGUUUUAGCAAUUGAGAAAAACUGUAAAGUAGCUGUAAUUACUGUAAACCUCUUAAAAAGCCCACUCUUGAUCCAGGGGUUUUAGCCAACUAUAGACCAAUAUCUAACCUUCCCUUUCGCUCUAAGGUCCUUGAGAAAGCCAAUCAGUUGUGUGACUUUCUAAAUAACAAUAGUUUGAGGAUUUUCUGUCAGGAUUUAGAGUGCAUCAUAGCACUGAGACAGCACUGAUGAAAAUAAAUAAAAAAGAUCUUCUAAUUGCAUCGGACAAUGGACUUGUCUCUGUACUUGUCUUGUUAGAUCUUAGUGCUGCUUUUGACACCAUUGACCAUCACAGCCUAUUACAGAGACUGGGAACAUUUAAUUGGCAUUAAAGGAACCGCACUAAGCUGGUUUAAAUCCUAUCACUCUCAGUCUGUACAUAUUAAUAAUGAAUCCUCCAUGCACGCCAAAGUUCCGCAAGGUUCUGGCAUAUAUCCCUGAGAGCAAACUUCUCCCAUGUGCAUCAUAUGAUUGAUGUAAAUCAAAGUUUAAUUCAAGCUCACUCAUAAAUAAAGAUCGUUUGUGAUUGUU